AUGACCACGCCCACGAACCACGACACGCCCCACGACGUCAACGGACGCCCACGUCAAACGCCAACGGACGCCCACGUCAAUGGACCACGACCACGUCAACGGACCACGACCACGCCAGCGGACGACGACCACGCCAGCGGACGACCACGUCAACGCACCACCACCUCAACGGACGACGACCACGCCAGCGGACGACCACGUCAACGCACCACCACCACGUCAAUGGACGAUGACCACGCCAACGGACACCCACGUCAACGCACGACGACGUGCCCCCGCCGAUGGGAAACCAAGGUGCCACGUCGCUGUCAGCGAUGUGGCAACCAAACGACGAACGACGACGACGACGUCGUCGUUCGUCGUUCACACAAAGUAAAAUAG